AUGAUAGAAACUAAUGACCGAGGACAUGAUCCCAAGGCCAGGAGAAGAAGGUGUUUCAUUGUUGGUGGGGUAAUUCUCCUCUUGCUGCUGCUGCUAUUCAUUAUUGUUCUCAUCCUUGCCCUGACAGUUUUCAAGCCUAAAGAGCCCAGAACCGAGCUGCUAUCGGCUACCCUCGAAGGCAUCUCUCCUCGCAUCUCAUUCUCUCCUGUUAGUAUCCAACUUAACAUCAUCCUCAAUCUCACACUCCUCGUCAAAAAUCCUAACCAUGCCAGCUUCAAGCAUGGCCCUGGAAAGAGCUACCUUGUAUAUCAAGGCGACCAGGUGGGAGAGGCUGACUUGUGCCCGGGCCUGAUACCCUCUAAGGGGACUCAGACACUUCCUUCCCAGCUUACCAUAGAGGUGGAUGAGAUGGCAACUCAUAUUUCAGCUUUAAUCAGUGAUGUUCUGCAAGGGCAGCUUGUUAUUGAAACACGAACGAGAAUUCCUGGCAGGGUCUCCUUCCUGAAGAUAUUCAAAAAGCAUGCUGUUGCUACUUCUGAUUGCCGACUCGCUAUUGCUAUUCCUUCCAUGAAGAUUCAAAGCCAAGAAUGCAAGUAA